AUGUCUACAUCUUCUAUAGGCGCUCUGAGUCCUCGAACCCUCUCUCCUUCACCGCGAUCCCUUUCGUCAUCGAGAGCGAAUUCGAUGGCCGUCGCGGCCAGUCAAGAUAUAAAUACCUUGGAAGACCUUCAUCGGUUUCCUUCCGAGUCACUUCAUUCAUUUUCUUUCGCGCAACAAUCCGAGGAGCUUUUGCACAGUCGCCAGAAUAUCUUGAAGCGGUCUAUAGAUUUCAUGCGUGACCGCUUCAAAUGGGGCCCUAGCAGCACAACCGGGAUUGCGAGUCCUCCAAAUCGGAUGCGUGGUGAUACAGACACGCAGGCGAUGGUGGAUCUUUUGUCCCAGUCCAACAUCUCCGGGGCAUCGAUAGGACCCAUGACCGGACCUCCAGACGUGGGAAGCGACAAUGUCUUUGAAAGAACAUUCACCGAGCUUCAGCGACCUUCGCCAGAAGCCAAGGACGUUGGACAGCCGCCACCGCAACCUCCAGGACAUUUGCAGUUAACCUCCAGUCAACAACUACCUCACGAGAGGAGAGGCUUAAAGUCCGCUCCUACAUCCAGGCGCGUAAGCUUAAAACGUACAUUCACGGACGUCAGUUCUACUAUGCCUCAACGUCAACUGAUAGAACCUUUAGCACAACCAUAUACGACUGGAGACCCAUUUUCUCCGCUAAGCACCUCCACCAUUGGGUCCGUCUUUCCAACUCCGUCCUUGCACACCCAUAGCAGCAAAUGGAACCCGGUAUCACAGGCGGUUUUCCGGACUGAAUCCAAGGCACCCUGGACCAUCCUAGCGGCCAAUGAUCUAUCAUGUCUCGUAUUUGGUGUUACACAGGCUGAAGUACGCAAGCUGAGUAUCCUAGAGGUCGUACAAGAGGACCGACGGCAGUGGCUCGAGUCAAAACUGGGGGAUCCUACGACCCACGCUGCAGCGAAAGUUCGGCCGUCACCAGAUAAGUCCCGUAUGAAACCUGCGGUCCCAAGGUCUAUGGGAAUGGGUAAUGGUGUCACCGCACAGUUGCUCAGUAAACCUCCCUCUCGCGCUCGACCUUCGAGGAGAGCUCAGACCGAUGAUGGCUAUGGUUCGAGUGCCUAUACGGCAAGACAACUCAACCAUCCAGCAACUAAAUCACGCGGCGUUCUUUUAUGUGGUGACGUAGUUCCCAUCCAAAAGCGCAAUGGUGCAAAGGGUUCUGCGAGUAUCUGGGUUAUGGAAAAGCGCGGUGGUCUGAUUUGGGUUCUCGAAGAAAUCCAGGAAGAUGUCGCCUACAUCAGCUGCGACGAGGCUUGGAAUAUUACCGUUGCCCGUGGCGCCACCGAGAAGGUAUGGGGCCAUGGAGUAGUCGAGACCGGUCAGCAUCUCACGAAACUUCUGCCUCACCUGCCUUCCAGUUGCUUGAACGUACCAAUUGAGAAAGGUCUCAACGAGGUUGCCGAUAUCAAGUAUUUCGCUGCCGCUACCUCUGGGGCAAUUUGCACACCCACCACAGUUGCCAGGGACGAAGGCUUACGCUCUCUUCGAAUAUCCAGCUUCCCUCACGUUGCCGGUAUUAUGGUAUUGUCGUCGUCAAGCUUGAAAAUCAUUAGCUCGAACUCGGUCUUCUCGUCGGUGCUGUUUGGCUAUGAACGGCCGGAAGGGCUGGAUAUAACGGAUCUCAUCCCCGGUUUUGACGACUUCCUAUACGUAAUCUCUGAUGAAGAGAAUGUGCCUCUGGUAGACGGCGUCGUUAUUCCGGAGCUCAGCUUUCGAAGAGCACGAACGCUUUCUAUGUUACGGGAUGGCAAGUCAAACGUUGCGUCGGUAUUCCUCGAGCCAGCCGGCCUCACGGCCAAACACCGCGACGGAUCUACUAUCGCUGUGGAUGUUCAGUUACGCGUCGUGAAGAGCGGAUCGAUAUUUCCUAAACAUCGCGAGAAGAAGAUUGACACUGAGGAGGAGAUUGAUGAUGGCUCCGAAGAUGCGGUCACGGUAACGGAGCUUGUGUAUGCUCUAUGGAUUACAUAUUCAAGGAACAUCCACUCUCACGGUCUGCCAGUGCGCCCUCCUACGCCGCAAGAAGUAUCCGCGCAGGCAACAAACUCGUCGGAGACGCCAACACCGAAGCCCUCGUUAGCAACGCCAACAGCCCCUCGGCUUACGGUACCAGACGGAAUGAAAUCGAGAAUACCAACUUCUACUUUGAGCCAGCAGCUCAGCGAGGCCGCUUCUGAACCGCUCACCGACAAGCCCGUUCAGCCAGUGCCCGAGGUGAAGCCGGUCAACGCAAAGGAAGCUUCCAAGAAACGUAUGAUCACAGAUUAUGUCAUUCUUGAAGAAAUGGGCCAAGGGGCGUAUGGUGAAGUCAAACUAGCUCGCCUCAAGAAACUGCCUGCGAAGAAAGUUGUGCUGAAAUAUGUGACGAAGAAAAGGAUCCUCGUCGACACAUGGACUCGUGAUCGUCGCCUGGGGACAGUCCCACUGGAGAUUCAUGUCUUAGAUUAUCUCCGGAGAGACGGCCUGAAGCACCCGAAUAUUGUCGAAAUGGAAAGUUUCUUUGAAGACGAUAUCAACUAUUAUAUCGAGAUGUUACCGCACGGAUUGCCCGGCAUGGAUCUUUUCGAUUAUAUUGAAUUGAAGACAAACAUGGACGAACAAGAAUGUCGGAACAUUUUCGAGCAGGUUGUCAGCGCCAUCCAUCAUCUACACACAAAAGCACUGGUUGUCCACCGGGACAUCAAGGAUGAGAACGUGAUCUUGGAUGGUGAGGGCAAGAUUAAGCUAAUCGAUUUUGGCAGCGCGGCCUAUAUUAAAAAUGGGCCAUUUGAUGUCUUUGUAGGAACAAUAGGUAAGACUCACGGUGCGUUUGUUGGUGCUCAAAGGUUAAUGAGUUUCAUAGACUAUGCCGCCCCCGAGGUUCUCCAAGGGAAAUCAUACCGAGGGAAGGAGCAAGACAUAUGGGCGCUUGGCAUUUUGCUGUAUACGAUCGUCUAUAAAGAGAACCCAUUUUACAACAUCGACGAGAUUCUGGAUCACCCGCUUCGGGUUCCUUUCAUACCAUUUUCGGAGGACUGCAUCGACCUAAUCCGGAGGAUGCUCGACCGCGACGUGGAUAACCGCUUGACGAUAGGCGAGGUUAUGGAGCACUCAUGGAUGGUCGACAGCUGA